GGAGGGCAGCACCGUGCAGACGCACUACUGAAAGGCUGAGCACAUUUGCAGCUUUAAGGACAAACAGUGGAGAUUUGUGACAGUUUUGGAUAGUUUUUUUUUUGCUAUUCUCUUUUCUGCCAAUGAAAGACAUUGCAGUCGGACACUGAGCUGCAUCACAUCAGCGGUCCUGUUGUGGUUUAAGCAUCGGGGGGUUUCAGCCGGUUCCAGCACGGACUAUUAUUAGGUCAACAUGCCUCCCACAACCCCGUAUGCUGGAAAGUUCAGCUCUUGCCCUGCUUAUGGCAACAACAACAACAACCACCCUCAGCCUCACAGCCCGUACCGCAACGGCACCGGCACUGCCCCGAAGCCCGCGAAGGAAAACGUCUACAACGGCGCCUACUCCUCCUCCUCGGAGAACCCCUACGACAUACCGCAGCCUCACAGUUCGUACCGCAGCUCCUCCGUCUCCUCGGUGACCGCCAGGGAGCACCAUUACAACAGCAGCUGUGCGGUUUCAGAGAACCCCUACUCCUCGCCGCAGCCUCACAGCCCCCGACAGCACAGCACUUCCUGUCCUGGACGCGCCUACCGCCACACAACCACAGCCACCACCACCAACACUACCAGCAGCAGCAGCGGCUGCAGCAGCAGCGAGCAGUCUUCACGUAACAACUCCGUCGCAGCAAAAGGCCGACGGCAUGGACACGGCGUCACCGCCAGCUACGGGGAGAUGUGUUACCAUGACAACAGUUUGGUUUCAGCAUCCCUCGAGGCCCUGAUCCAGCACCUGGUUCCCACAGUCGACUACUACCCUGAUAGGUCGUAUGUUUUCACCUUCCUGCUGAGUUCACGCCUCUUCCUGCACCCGUACGAGCUCAUGACGAGGGUUUGUCACCUGUGUGUGGAGCAGCAGCGGUCCGGAGACGCCCUGCUGGACAAGAUUCGUUUCCGUGAGGUGGCCCCAAAGCUGGUGCAGCUGCUGACCGAGUGGACGGAGACGUUCCCAUACGACUUCAGGGACGAGAGGAUGAUGCGCUGCCUCAAGGACAUGACGCACCAUGUGGCCCGAGGAGAUGAGUACUCUUGGCGAGCCAUGCAGCAGAUGACCCAGCGGCUCAUCAAACGGCUGUCUGCCCUCGGCCAAUACGAGGAGGCCGUGUCGGCGCUCAACGCCGCGGCGAUGGAGCGGCCAGCUUCCCUCAAAAGCAAACAGGCCUCGGGUCAGCGAAGCGACGUCAUGAGCGUGUGUGACGACCCUUUCAUCCUCGCCCAGCAGCUCACACACAUUGAACUGGACAGACUGAGUUUUAUCGGUCCCGAGGAGUUCAUCCAAACAUUCGCCAUGAAGGAUCCUUUGGAGAACCAUAAGGGUUUCUUCCGGAAGCGUAAAACCAGUAACCUGGAGGCCUACGUCAACUGGUUCAACAGACUGAGUUUCCUGGUGGCCACUGAGAUCUGUAUGCCAGUGAAGAAGAAACACAGAGCGCGUAUCAUAGAGUUCUUCAUUGAUGUGGCUCAGGAGUGUUUCAACAUCGGCAACUUCAACUCCCUCAUGGCGAUUAUCACCGGAAUGAACAUGAGUCCUGUUGCCAGACUGAGGAAAACUUGGAGUAAAGUCAAUACUGACAAGUUCGAAAUCCUGGAGCACCAAAUGGACCCAUCCAGUAACUUCACCAACUACCGCACUGCGCUCCGUGGCGCCACCCAGAGGUCUGAGACGGCACACAGCAGCCAGGAGAAGAUUGUGAUCCCUUUCUUCAGUCUCCUCAUUAAAGACAUCUACUUCCUGAAUGAAGGCUGUGCCAGCAGGCUGACCAACGGGCACAUAAACUUUGAGAAACUUUGGGAGCUUGCAAAGCAGGUGAGCGAAUUCCUGGUUUGGCGUCAGGUGAUUUGUCCGUUCGACAGAGACCGCCGGAUCCUCCAGUACCUCGUCACCACGCCUGUCUUCACUGAAGACGAGCUGCACCUGGCCUCGUAUGAGAGUGAAGGACCUGAGAACAACAUGGAGAAAGACAGUCGGAGGUCUCUUAGAUCUUCUCUCCUGCAUCGAGAGAAUCGGUCCUAAGAGAGCAACAAUCUCCUCUGCUCUGCAAACUGUAAAUGAAGAAGUAUUUUAAAGCCACAGGUUCCUCCAUAUUAUCUCAUGGACACGUUUUUUGAAUUCCCUUGGAGAACAGCUGGGCCCAUAUUCUCACAAAUCAACAGAAGAAUAUACUGCAGCUUGUGGUCUUCGAGCUCACAAGAAGAAACAAGGAUUUUUAAAUCAAACCCUUUAACAAAUCUUGAUGAUAUUCAUUAGGUGCCAAAGGACUUCAAUGCUGCAGUUUUGAACCUCGUGAUUCCCAAGAAGAGCUCGGAGUACUGAUUUGCAUCGUUAGCUGAUCUUCUUCUUCAACAUCAGCUCUGUCCAAGGCACUUAGAGGAUUUCAGUCGACUGCAGAAGAAGUCAGACGUGUGGAUUUUGUUUAUAUUACCAACGGACCUCUAUCAUGGGGACAACAUAUUAUGGAGGGACCCAUACUAUGGAAGCGUAAAGGGCCAAUUCUGUCUCUGAAUGAGACGGAUGUGGACCCCGAUUUGGUUACAUUGCAACAUUAGUACUGCUUCUCUGCGUACAUCCUGGCUGAGUUCAGUCUGGACCCACAGAGAGAGGAGAGAUGCACUCUGAAAGGGAGAUCAUCGAUUUGUAUCAUAAGUAACAGGCUGACUACUGCUUUCAGAAGCGGUGUUGUCUGCAGUGUUGUAUUGUUGAGUGCUUGAUUGUAAUGGUAACACCGUGAGAAGCAACUGCACCACAUCCUUUCCAUUAUUGUCUCAGUUUGCACACAACAACAAUUACCGUCUGUUUUCGGGUCAUUCGAGCCUUUGAUAUAAUUUAAAAAACAUAAUGCAAGUCUAUACAUCGGCUGCACAUUCCCAGACACAUAUUACAGACGCUGCAGUCAUCCAUCAUGCUAUUGGGCUCUACCAUUUUGUGAUGUGUGCACUUUGACUCAGUAUUGGUGGUGCAAACUUUGCAUCAUAAACAUCAUGCUAAUCAUGCAAGUUAAAUCAAAUGCACUUCAGCGGGUUCUUGUGUAUUGUACUAUAGGAUGUGGUGACUCCUAUUUUAGGGCGUCUUUCUAUACAGUAUUAAGUUGUAUUUUGUAUCAGAAGGUAAAAUAAAUGUGUUUUUUCUUUAUGUACUUUUUCUGAAAUGUCACCGUGAGCUUGUUGCUGGUUGGCUUGCUCUGUGUUGGUAAGCUAGUUUUGGUAAUACAACACCAGUAUCAUGUAUGACAAGGAAGUGUUUUGGGUCUGAAUGAAACAGAAACUGACUGUGUGUGUGUGUGUGUGUGUGUGUGUGUGUGUGUGCAGAUUGGAUACAAACAGGACCAGGAUCCUCCUCUUCAUCUCAUUUGUGAUGAUGUAAGCUUGAUGUGAUUCUUAAAAAUCUGCCUAUGAGUGAACGUGAUGCUAUUUUUAUGGUUUUUUCUUUGUUUUCAAAAAAGCUCAUUUUACAAGUGUUUUCUCAUGUAUUCUUUUUUUUUUGUGUGUAUCAUUUGUGUUACCGGUCAGGGUACUUGUACUGAAGGUCUUUGUGAAAAGAGAAUUAUAUUUUUUCUUUCAAAUAAACAGAAUAUACUAAAUAA